UUUAGCCAUUGACGUCUUUCUUUCUAUUUUCCCAUACAGGAGGGUUUUUAUGUAUUUUUUACAACAAGGCUUUUCUUCAUUCGAGAGAGGAAAUUCCGCAUAAAUAGCUGUUUAUGGUUUGUUUUUUGCUGAUCUCUCCAGUUUCUUGCCAUUCUUGGAGUCUUAGUGUUCACGUUUUUACUCAAUGUUCAAGAUCUGUCAUCUGAACCAAAGAUAUAGAAAUGUUACGGGAAGAAGGAAUAAUACAACCGGUCUGGAAUGUAUGAUUAUUUAAUCAGAGACGUUGAUAUUCUGUGGCGAUUGCUUUGCAGUAACCACGAAGUUGAUGGUUUUGCGUGUGUAUUUCCCGCAGUUUUUUAUAGAGCUCGAAAGGGUUGUCGAAAUGACCCCGGUGCGUAAAUAUUAAGGAAGUGCUUUUGUCACCAUAAAGGAGUGACUUUUUUAUUGACUUCUGCUUUAAGGUAGUACAGUUAAUUCCUUGUUUUCUUAAGUUGGGGCGUCUGCUUCAGCCCCCCUUCCCAAACCUCGUUGCCCUCUUUUUUUUAUUUCAAAUUCAUGUCAAAUAAACAGAAGCCAAGUAUGUGGAUGCCCUGAUAAUAAGACUGAGGAGGACUGGAUGCCCUGAUAAUAAGACUGAGGAGGAGUGGAUGCAGUCGAAGAAGGGGAGCGGAUUUUUAUCUGUUUGGGGGGAAACUGGAGCUCUGCGGAUGCCUAUCGAUCUACUCUGAAAAAUAAAAAAGGGUCCGGAUCUUUAAUGAAAUAAAGGAAAAUUAUAAUCUCAGGGAAGAAAUGUCGUCUCGAUCGGCCUUACCAUCCGGAAGUGAAAGAAACUCGGACCAUUAUUCUACACUGAUGGGCAGCAGGUCUGAGAAGGGCUCCACUUGGUCCAACCGCUCAUUGGGAGCACGUUGUCGGAACUCCAUUGCCUCCUGCACAGAUGAACAGCCCCAUAUUGGCAACUACCGACUACUGAAAACCAUUGGCAAAGGCAACUUUGCAAAAGUUAAGCUAGCACGGCACAUUCUUACUGGAAGAGAGGUUGCAAUAAAAAUUAUUGACAAGACUCAGUUGAACCCCACCAGUCUGCAGAAGCUUUUCAGAGAAGUUAGAAUAAUGAAGGGGUUAAAUCAUCCAAAUAUUGUAAAAUUGUUUGAGGUGAUUGAAACAGAGAAAACUCUCUACCUAGUUAUGGAAUAUGCCAGUGGUGGUGAAGUGUUUGACUACCUCGUUUCACAUGGGCGCAUGAAGGAGAAAGAAGCAAGAUCAAAAUUCCGCCAGAUUGUCUCUGCUGUGCAUUACUGUCACCAGAAGAACAUUGUUCAUCGGGACCUAAAGGCUGAAAAUUUACUACUGGAUGCGGAUUCCAAUAUUAAGAUUGCUGAUUUUGGGUUCAGUAAUGAAUUUACUCUUGGCUCCAAACUGGACACAUUUUGUGGGAGUCCACCUUAUGCUGCACCUGAGCUGUUUCAGGGAAAAAAGUAUGAUGGGCCAGAAGUGGACAUUUGGAGUUUAGGUGUUAUUCUUUAUACACUCGUUAGUGGAUCACUACCUUUUGAUGGACAAAACUUGAAGGAACUACGUGAGAGAGUGCUACGUGGGAAGUAUCGAGUCCCUUUCUACAUGUCAACAGACUGUGAAAACAUUCUGCGACGGUUCUUGGUGUUGAACCCUGCCAAGCGUUGUACAUUAGAGCAAAUCAUGAAAGACAAGUGGAUCAAUAUUGGGUACGAGAAUGAUGAACUGAAGCCAUAUGUAGAGCCAGAGGAAGACUUUGCCGAACCUAAGAGAAUAGAAGUGAUGGUGGGAAUGGGUUAUAGCCGUGAUGAGAUCAAAGAUGCGCUUAUGAACCACAAAUACAAUGAGAUUACUGCAACAUAUCUCCUGCUGGGCAGGAAAACAAAUGAGGUGGAAGGUAGUGACUCACGGACUGGAAGCAGUCUUUCUUUGGCACGGGUUCGAGGCUCAAAUGAUGUCACAAAUGGAACUAGCAAGUCAUCAGUAACUUCACACAGCAGAACACAGAGAACAUCUUCGACGUAUCACAGGCAGCGGAGGCACAGUGAUUUCUGUGGCCCCUCUGCUAUGACAACGCAUCCAAAGCGAAGUCCAACCAGCACAGGGGAAGGUGAGCUGAAGGAAGAACGAUUGCCUUCCCGGAAGACCAGCGGCAGCAUUGUCGGUACCAGUCGAGUCGUCCCUCCAUCUAGUCCUAUGGUCAGUAGUGCCAACAACCCUAACAAAUCUGAGAUACCAGACCGAAGGAAAGAGAGCACCACCGCUGCAAGUAAUAAUAUUCCAUCCAGUGUCAUGGCACGUAGGAAUACUUACGUGUGUACAGAUCGACCUGGUACUGACAGGCAUGCCUUGCUACAGAAUGGCAAAGAGAACAGUUCUGUUACAAACAGGGUGCCUCCAGCCUCUCCUUCCAGUCACAGCAUCGCUGCAACAUCAUCAGACCGCACCCGUCUUUCUCGGGGUACAAACAUUCGCAGCACUUUCCAUGGAGGGCAAGUCAGGGAUAGGCGCACCACCAUACAGAAUGGGCCACCCACAUCUCCAACUCUGUCCCAUGAUGCCACACCCUUACCUCAGAGCCGGACUCGUGCUACAUCAAACCUCUUCAGCAAAUUGACAUCCAAACUAACAAGAAGGGUCACUCUUGACCCGUCUAAACGUCAGACUUCUAACAAAUCUGUCUGCGGUGCCUCUCUUCCACAAGGAUCUAAAACAGUUAGGUCGCAGACGAACCUGAGAGAAUCCGGAGAUCUCCGAUCACAAGUCGCAAUCUACCUUGGAAUCAAAAAGAAGCAGAGCCCCGGCUGCUCCGAUUUACCUGGAAUGUGAAGGUCACCAGUUCCCAAGAUCCUAUGGACAUUAUGGCAGCCAUUCAAAUUGUGGUGGACAGUCAUAGUUGCAAAUCCCACCGGACGGAGCCUUUCAUCCUGUCCUGCACACAUGGAAGGGACAAUACAGACC